ACGAGUCUACAAUUUGUUUGAUAUUUUCCAUUGGCUUAGUCUACCGUAUACUGUCAGUGUAAGUUGUAUUAAGUUCGCUCGCGCAAUCAAAAGUACGAUAUCAAAAAAAUGGCCAGCAACACUCAAGGAAUUCAACAAUUGUUGGCUGCUGAAAAGAAAGCAGCCGAUAAAGUUGGUGAUGCUCGUAAACGUAAAGCACGACGUUUGAAGCAAGCCAAAGACGAGGCAACCGAAGAAAUUGAAAAGUAUCGCCAAGAGCGUGACAAGCAAUUCAAAGAUUUUGAAGCCAAGCAUAUGGGAUCACGCGAGGGUGUUGCAAGCAAAAUCGAUGCUGAUGCCCAAGUGAAAUUGCAAGAAAUGCUUCGUGCUUUGGCAAACAGCAAAGAGCCAGUUAUUGAAGCUGUUUUGCAGUACGUUUACGAAAUCAAUGCAGAUUUGCACAAAAACUUCCGCGCAGAUCUAUAGAAAGGUGAAACAUUCUCAUCUUCAACUAUCGAAAUUUCAUCAAUGCUACGCCAAAUGUAAAUCGGCAAUAUUCUACAGUUUUGCUCUCGUACAUGUUAUGUCAUCAAUCAAUGCUGUGCAAAUGCUGAGCGAAAUCACUUUGGUGCUUAAAUUAUAGUUAUUUUCUUUUUUUUCAAAUCUUGAAAUUUCAUUUUUUUUUGUUUUACAUUGUGUUAACAUUCCGAAUAUAUUAGACGAUCCAUUUGAUGCAAACAUCAGCAAUCGCUCAUUCGAGGCUCAAUUUUUUUUUGUUUGAUGAGUUUGCAUUGAACACACAUGUAUCUUAAUAGAUUUAUAAAUUGUAAAUAAAACAAACCCAAAAGUAUUAAAUUCACUGAUUAA